AUUCAAUAAUGCCAACGAACCCAUCAACGAGAGACAUAGGGUAAAUCGCUAUUCUCUAACCCCUCUUUUAUAUUGUCUCUUACUUCUUAGAUACGAAGUAGAGUAACCAGAAUUCCAUCUUCAUCAUUCUCCAUUCCACAAUUCAUUGGAAAUUAGAUAUAUUUUACAAUUCCGUAAACCUAAACCAGGCGUUUUCCAGAGCUGGCCAAAUUUAUUUCCGAAACGCGAAAUUGGUAUUUAGGUAAUUGUUUGAAUUGGAUUGUUUUGGAUUCGAGUGUAAAAAAAGAAGAAAAAUGGAACCAUCUUCAAUCAUAACACCGGAAGAUGUGUUGGAGUCUUUGAUGAAUGAUGGUACUAUUGAUGCUCUUAGAUUGAAGAUUAUCAAUCAGCUUAAAGCUAAUGAGGAGUUGAAAAAAACAGCUAUAACAAUGGUAGAGCAGAGCAAGGUUCUCAACACACCUGGAGCAGAAAAGCAGACCAAAAGGGAGCUCUUUGAUUCUCUUCGCCAAGAGCUUGAGACACCUGUGCUUGAGAAGGCCUCUAAGUCAGUGUGGGACCUAAUUUUGGACGAUAAAGGACUUGGAAAAGAAAUCAGUGAAACUGUUGAGAGGGUCUUUUGCCGAUUAAGUGGCCGUGAACCUCCUUUGUUUGCUGCCUCAACCAGUGACGCCCAACAGCAGGAGAAGGAGAAAGAGCAGGAAGAGAAUCCAGCAUCUACUUCGAAGAAAAGAACUUUGGAUGAGAUGAAUGAAGUACGAGAAAAAUUUGAUACAGGAUCUGACGACGCCCCAACUGCAUCAUCUGAGGAGAAAAAUCCCGUCACUAACUCAAAGACUUGACUCGAGAUAAAGCUCUUGCCUCUUUAAUGUAGAGUAGUGAGUGUUCACGGCUACCAGCCUUUGACUGUCAGAAAAUGUGAUUGGCUUGUAGCAUGUUCUUGUUGUGGUGGAGUUUUGUGAAUGGAAGUUCUUGAAUCCGACCAUGAUCUACACAUUGACGACAGGAUUAUGCAUUAUUGUAUAGGCAAGUAGGCAACCGAUGUUCGACUAUCUCAUUCGACGUUCGGCCAUACCAAGGGUAUCUUGUCCUGCACGUUGUGAACACUCUAACAUUUUACGAUACUAUAUUAUUAUCGUAUUUAAUGUAAUAGACCAAUAUGUAGGUCAUUAAGUGCUUAUUUACCGAGGAUCAUGGGUUAGCCUAGUGGUUGAUGAUCAUCUCUUUCACCCUUAACUUUAGUAAGAUUUAAUUCCCUUUUCCCUUACUUUUAGGGAUUCUUUAGCUUACCCCAAAGAAAAAAAGUGGUAGAAUUGUUUAUUUUGAUUGGCUUCUUUCCGGACUUUCAUUAUCUUUCUAAUUAGAUUUAUUAUC